AUGACAAGGAUGCUGGCGCCCUCACCCUCGCUGUCACCAGCACCAGCACCGUCCUCGUCACCCAGCACUGCUCUCCCUUCAGCAUGUGGUCGGUCGCCGCCAGCGCCGCCGACAACUCCCGUACAGCUAUCACCGCCGACAGACGCUGCGGCGGAAGGCGUUACAGCGAGCGGCGAUGUACGGGACGGAUGCGGCGUCAAUCGGGUGCCGCAGCGGCCCUCAGCGUCGCGGAGCCGCCGCCGCCGCCAUCGGGCCGGGCGCCGGUUGAAGCUCCACCCCGUGGGCUUGUCGAAGGCCUUGCGCACCCAGCAAACGGUCGCCGCCGGCACCGGCAUCGAGGGUGGCGCCGAAACCUUGGAAGUAAACAGCGGCGCUCCCGUCGGCCGUACGGCAGAUAGGCGCAUGGGACGAGCUGCUGCUGCUGCGGCUGCUGGCGCGGAGGCUGCGUUACCCAGACCCGAGUUCACGUUCGGCGAACCUAGGUCCUUGUGUUCCCGGAGGCGCUCGUCCAUGGCCGUUGUGCCCUGGAUGCUGAUGCCGCCGCUGAUCGCCGCCGCAGCAGCAGCAGCAGGCACCGCUAUCACAGGUCGAACCUGCUGCCCCAGGAGGGGGAGGAGGGCGGCCUGGUGUAUCCGGCAGUCGUACGACACCGCUGCUGUUGCCGUCGCUGGAGAAGUCGCCAAGUCGCCGAAAAGGCUCACAGCUGGCGGCGACGGCACGUCCUCACUGUACGGCGGCGCCCGUGCAGCCACGGCGGCGGCGCCUUCCGCCGCUGAUCGCGCUACUUGGGCGCUACAGGGUGGUGGCGACAGCCGCCUCAAUGACGUGCGUGGCGUGCUGCGUGAUGGAAAGGAUGGUAUCGGAGCGGGAUGCCGUGAUGUCCGGGAACCCGAGCCAGAGAGGGUGUCUCUGUCUCCUGGGCUUCGACUCCGCCUCCGCCAGGAUCUGGGCACGGAGGCCGCAGCGGCAGCGGAGGCGCGAGGCGGCGGAGAUGAUGAAGGCUCGGAGAAGGGCAUUACCCUUGGCGGCGGCGACAGAGGCGACGGAGAUGAUGAAGACGACGGAGGCAGUGGCGGCGCCGAAGAGGAAGUGGAGCCGAGUGCUGAAGCUCCCGCCGCCGCCGCCGCCGCCGCCGCCGCCACCACUGCCUCAGCCGCCGCCACGGCUCCCACAACACCCGCCAGUGCGUUCCGCAGCGGCAACCAGUCGGGCAGGUCGUUGGGCGGCGCUGGCAAAGGUAACAAGUUCCGGGAGAAGUACGGCACCAAGGCGGCAGCCAUGGGGCUUUGUACGGCACCUGAUCGCAGCAGCCGCCCCGCGCAGACGGCACCAGCGACCCUUAGGGCGCAGAUGCACGCGGCGGCAGUGCUGGCGGCAGCGGCGGCGGCAACUCCGGCGCUCGCGUGUUGUCAACCGUCAUCACGGGAAGCGCGGGUCGCAUCAGCGGCGACGGCGUUGCGUCGCCGGGAUUUCGGUUGUUACGGCAGCGGCAGCGGCGGCGGCGGCUUGGCCAGCGGCGGCAGCUUGAGUGAGGGGGCUUUCGCCAGCGGCAUGAUCGUCCUUGGCGGCAGUGGCGACUCGGCGGAGAUGUCCAAGCUGCCGCCAGUGUCGGAAAUCCCUAUGCCGUACUCGAUGUUGGGAACGUACGGCUCCGGCGUUAGCAGUAUGCGAGGCCGGCUGGUAUGCCCUGUCGUGGAGGAAGAUGGAGAGGGAGAGGGAGAGGAGGCAGGCGACGCGCCGCCACCACCGCCGCCGCCGCUGGCGUCUCAGCAGCAGCGGCAUAAGACGACGCCGCAACAGACGCGAUCCGGCAGCAGCGGCGGUGGCGGCAGCGGCGGCAGCGGUGGCAGCGGAGCCGCCGCCAAUGUCACGGUUCCCCAAUUUGGGUCGUCUCUCUCCUGGAGUUCCACGCCAGGUGACCCAGGGGUCAGUGAGCCAGGAAAUGCCGAAGCGGCUGUGGCGGCGGAAGCGUCGGCGGCAGUAGCGCACAUGGCCGUUGAGCUCCGAUCGGGUAUGAAAGGGCUGCGGGGCUCACCAAGCCAUACGGCUUCUACCGCCGCUGCCUAUGAGCCAAGGAUGCCGGCGGCGGAGCAGCGGCAGCAGACGCCGCCGUCGCCGUCGCCGUCGCCGCCGCCGCCGCCGCCACGCUCUGCUUCUCCGUUCCGCGGGUCGCCGUCACGCGACGACUUCAGUCGUCGGGCCGCCGUCCGCACCGGCGCUCCCUUCAGCAUGUGGUCGGGUGCGGCCGUCUCCACCCUCUCCGCCUUCUCACAAACCCUCCCUUCAGCAUGUGGUCGGUCGCCGCCAGCGCCGCCGACAACUCCCGUACAGCUAUCACCGCCGACAGACGCUGCGGCGGAAGGCGUUACAGCGAGCGGCGAUGUACGGGACGGAUGCGGCGUCAAUCGGGUGCCGCAGCGGCCCUCAGACAUCGCAGAGCCGCCGCCGCCGCCAUCGGGCCGGGCGCCGGUUGAAGCUCCACCCCGUGGGCUUGUCGAAGGCCUUGCGCACCCAGCAAACGUAAGCGGCGUUGGCGGCGACAGUAUCACAUCGCGACGAACGACAGACGGUGUCACAGCCCUGGAUGCUGAUGCCGUACCGCAGAUUCCCAGCACAGGCAGCGGGGUCGCCGCCGGCACCGGCAUCGAGGGUGGCGCCGAAACCUUGGAAGUAAACAGCGGCGCUCCCGUCGGCCGUACGGCAGAUAGGCGCAUGGGACGAGCUGCUGCUGCUGCGGCUGCUGGCGCGGAGGCUGCGUUACCCAGACCCGAGUUCACGUUCGGCGAACCUAGGUCCUUGUGUUCCCGGAGGCGCUCGUCCAUGGCCGUUGUGGUUGCUGCCGGGGCUGGGUCAGACACCAGCAACGCAACAGCAACGGCGCCACCAGCCGUACAUUUGCAGUACGAUAACUUCCCCGGCUUUGUGACGGCGGGGCGGUUGAAGACGAGAUGCAUGUUUUUGCGGAAUGCCCGGUGUACAAUAGCACACGGGCAAAGUACGAUCGUGACCUCGCGUUUCAAGCGCAUGAUUAUGACCGAGGCCCCACCCCUGGUGCACUAG